AUUUAGAAACGAGUUAACAUUCAUAAAUUUUGGUGAAUUGAAAAAAUGAUAGGGUGACGUAAUAGGUGAUGUUGGUUAAUGGUUAGAGCAUAGUAGUUUGGUUACCACACAUUCUACUUAAUAAAACAACACUUCCUAUUCCAUAUUCAUCUUCUUCACUCAACCCUACUCUUACUUACAACUUGCGCCUCUAUUUUAACUUCCUACAUUAUAUAUUCAACCCUUCCUCCACUUACUAUAUUUUUCACUUCUCAUCUUAAUUAUUGGAUAAUAAUCACUUUUUGCCAUGGGGGAGGAAAUAAAGGAGAAGAAAGAGAAAGAGAGUAGCGGUGGAGAAGAAUCAGCUGCUAAAAAGAAUGUUGAAGAGAAGAAGGAAAAGGAGAGUGUAAAAGAAGAAAAGAGUGAAAAUGAGAUGAUAAUAAUAAAAGUAGACAUGCAUUGCCAAUGUGAGGCUUGUGCCAAGAAAAUUGUUAGAGCUGUCCGAACUUUUCAAGGGGUGGAAGAUGUAGCAGUGGAUCGGAAGACUAAUAUGGUUGCAAUAAAAGGGAAGACAGCAGACCCAAUUAAAUUAUGCGAUAGAAUUCAACAUAAAACUGGUCGGAAAGCUAUUUUAGUGUCUCCAAUACCCAAGCCUCCUGAGGAGCAACCCAAACCGGAUGAAAAUAAAGACAAAAUUCAAGAACCCCCUAAAGAACAACCACCUCCAAUUGUAACAGUGAUGUUAGGAGUUCAUAUGCACUGUGAAGCCUGUGCACAGCAGCUGCAGAAGCGCAUUCGAAAGAUUAAAGGCAUAGAAUCAGUGGAAACAAAUGUAGGCAAAAGUCAAGUGAUUGUGAAAGGAGUGAUUACAGACCCAGAAGCAUUGCUUAAGUAUGUGCACAAGAAGACAAAGAAGCAAGUCUCUAUUAUCAUAAAUGAUGAACAAAAAAUACAAGAAUCUAACAAAAAUGAUCAAGCUGAGAAAAAAGAACAAAAAAAGGAAAAAUCUGAAGAUAAUAAUGAAGCAGGGAUGAAAAAUGUUAUUGAUCAUGAAGCAAGGCUGAUGAUGAUGGGUGAUAUGAAUAGACAUGAUUAUUAUUGGCCAUCUGCAAGGUAUGAUUAUAUGGAGUAUCAUCAUCAUAAUAAUCUCAAUUAUCAACCUCAAAUCUUUAGUGAUGAAAAUCCAAAUGCAUGUUCCAUCAUGUAAACAAUGGUAUUAGAGCCCGGGUCGAACACUCGUCUUUACAUAUGUGUAUGCUGAACCAACUCGAUUAUCAUUCUUCAAUAUUACAUAUUACGCGGUUCAAUAUAAGUCGGGUUUUUAAUUUCAGACCUAGCCAGAUUUCCCUAAAUGGAAAACUCCUAAUUAACUACUAUUAUUAUUGUGUAAUAGUAGGAUUAAGAUGUUUUUGGUGCCUUGUUUUGUUUAGCAUCUAUCUUGUUAAUUAUAUCUUGAUCUUGUCAAUGUUUUGUUGUAUUAUUAUUAUUAUAUUUCAAACUAAAAAUAAUUGCAUAAGCUUUCUAAUAGUACUAUCAAUUAUGUAAAUAAUGAUGGAUGUGAAACGAAAGCUAAAAUGGAAUCAUGGCGUAUUUUUGAAGGAAGUUUUGUUGUUGGGCCUUAUUUUGUGUGUAUUACGUGAAUUGGACUUAUUUUCUAAUAGUACUAUCAAUUAUGUAAUUAA